ACACAGCGACGUUAGUCACUAACUUACAUGUAAUUGAACCACGAUAUCAGGACUCAAUGGGGCCCGACACACCGCACGUGGAGGAUGUUUUGACUUGACUCAUGAGCUCGUUUAAAAUGCAAUGUCUAUUCCUCAAAGAAGACAUCUGUACAUGUGCUGGAUAAUACGUCACUGGUUGCCAUAGUUACAAUAAUCAAACUAAAAUGGAUGUUUCGAUUUUAAAAAAAAUCCUUUUUAUUGGUCUUCUGUCAGUUUCAAGGAUAUAUGCGGCAACGACGUCAGCACCCAAUCCAGUCAUCGACCCCUUCGUCGUGGUCAACCUCCACGAGGACACGCAGAUCGAAACGCUGCUGACCACUGUCACCUGUACCGACAACGGCGUCGGAUCAACAGGGACGUGCACCACCUGCAACAUCGUCCGUGAGCAGCCAUCAGGCGCGCCGUUCCGGUGCUGGAAGAAGUAUACGUACUCAGAGUUCAACGUGUACUAUGUAGCUGGGCAGGCCAACAGCGCCCUCAGCUAUCGCAACAUCGCCAAAUCCUACUUCCUGGACAUCCAGUGUGUGGCUGCAGAUGGCAGCACGGACACUCAGACACUCGAGGUGGACAUACAGCCCAACCAGGCACCCUUCAUCACAGACUUCCCUGGAGUGUCGAGAACUCUUGAUGCAAGUAUUACAGCAGUCGACACAACCAUCUACACCCUGCUGGUUCGGGACAACGAGAGCGACCCGCUCACCUACACCAUGUAUACGGAGCCAACAGUGGACUACUUUCAGAUCGAUACAAACACCGGGAUUAUCUCUACGGCCAAAGACUUAAAAACUGCCGUGGAGCCAGUCGUGGCUAUCAAGGUCAACGUUACUGACGGAACCAACAUCGUUGGACCAUUCACCAUCACCACCACCAUCAACAAUUUGAACACAAGACCCUCCUUUACAAAUCUCCCAACCAACAUCACCAUAUACGAGACGGCUGCUAGUGGGGAACGACUCAUACGGCUGACAACGACUGACCCAGACAUCUAUAAUACCUUGACCCCUGUCUUCACAGUUAACCCGGGAACUGAUCAGUACAAGUUCUCCUAUGAGCAAGGGUCGGGCUACCUCCGCCUGUCCACGACAGCUACUGGCCAGAACGUCCUCGACGCCGAGACCACCAGCUACUACAACAUCUCCUUCCUCGUGAACGACGGCUACCUCGACUCUGUGGGACAGUACAUCAACCUGUUUGUCCUCAAUGUCAACGAACCGCCCCAAUUCAACGAGGCAAUUUUUUAUUGCAAUAUUUAUGAGUCACAGGUGUAUGCAUCUUUCUGUGACCUUGGCCUUACUGUUACUGACCCAGAGAGUGACACGAUCACCGACAUAUUUCUUCUUUCCGGUAACAACAGUGAACGCUUCCGGUACGACGACGCGAACAAACGGUUUGGAUUUAACACUGAGUACGACAUCGAUAACGGUGUCUACCCAAACACUGCUGUUUUGACCAUCGCUGCAGUUGACUCCAAUGCGGCAACAGGAACCUCUCAAGUUCAGGUCACGAUCUUGGACCAAAACGACAACACUCCAACAUUUGCCAAUACGCUCAGCGCUUUCUCAAUUUCUGAGGGUCUGGCACUUGGGUCCCUGGGGUCGAUCACAGCUACAGACGGAGACUUGACAUCCCCAAACAACGCAGUCACCUAUUCACAAGUCGGGGGAUCUUCGGCACUUCUUCCGUACGUGACAGUCCUCAGUUCAGGAGAGGUCAGAUACACCAACACCUUUGAUUCCUCGCUACACGGGACAACUUACUUUGCCCUGGUGGAGGCCAAGGAUGGAGGAACUCCGCAAAGAUCGUCUACGGGAACUGUCGCCGUUAGCUUCGUAACUACGACAUCCACUACAACAACAACUACUACAACAACGACCGCAACCACAACUACAGCCACUACCACAACGACACAGGCACCAGGAUAUUUUGACGAACCCGCGAAUGUCGCGAUAUUCACAUGUUUUAUGAUUAUUCUAUUUAUUGCAUUGUUUAUCGGUCUCUAUUUUCUGUACAGGUGGUACACGACGGGUCACUGCUGCGGACAAAGCAGUGUAAAAAGGAAACGAGUUGAACCUUAUGAUGAAUAUGGGAACAAGCGAGAUAGGGACCCGAUAUAUGAUGACGACGACUACUACGUCUAUGACCGCCCCGCGUCAACUAGCUAUGUGAAGAUUGGCGGAGUCAACAACGUACGUGCUCUACCCUCUCCCAAACCGAGGUUCUGACCUAUCGUAACGGACCCAUUGCGACUCGCGAUCGAAAAUGCCGAUCGCCUGAAACAACUUGUAGGUUUCAUUGUAAUCUGACAAUAAAUGAGAGUGUAAUCCUUGUUA